AUGCCAGAUGUACGGAGCUGUGUGGAGCUGGCCCUGUUCCCCACCCUCUGGACCACUGGGGUUGAUCCCGGUCCUCACCAUGGGGCCCCAGGGUGUGCAAUGACACCGGCAUACCGAGCUGUGGCAAUGUCGACCCGGGGCUCAGAGGUCACAUCCAAAAUGGCGGAGACCAAAUGGCGAGCCACUACGACCAGAAGAGAGAUCGACGCUCCCACCACACCGGCGGAUUGCCAGCACAGGCCAAAUAAAUACCUGCAGAUGCAACCCAGAAUCCGGGUUCUGGUCCUGGAACGAGCCAGGCCACGGAGGAAGAACCGGAGAUGUACUAAGCCAGCGCAUACAGCACUGCAGAGAUCAACGGAGGCUGACUCGGGAAAAUCUACCACCAAGCCUACCCAAGAGCAUGGCUCACAGAAUAAGACAGCGCUCCGGCAUUACAGCUAUGCCUGCUAUACCUACCUAACUGCCGCGAGAGGACCACGAUGCUCGGGCCGAAUGCUUGCAGCUGGGGUGCUGAAACUAAAGAUCAUCGAGGCCGUGAGGAUCCAUAUCCUGCCCACAGUGGGCAUCGGUUGA